GUGAUGUCCUCACACGGAUACAGAAUAUCAUCAUUGCAUUUGGAGAGUACCCAAAGGGUUGGUGUAGUCUAUUUAUAUCGCGGUGACAUGCAGUAGGCAUUGAGGUAAAGGCUUCUAACACAUACAAAUCUUCUUCACAAUGCUGCGCAUGGUAUGCGGUCGGGGCUUGCUACCUAGUAACAACGUCAGAAUCCAAAGUACACAGACGCCAUUCAGCUAUACUUCGCUUAUUAACAACUAUAGUCGAUUUGCGUACGGUAAAGUAGGUGUUCGUCAAUAUGCUGCUAAGCGACCGACUGUAGUAGGCACUCCCUUAAAUGCGCCCAGAGCUGGUCCAGCAACCAUACCACGCCAUAUCAAGCUCAAAGCCACGCGCGAGGGCUUUAAAAGUAUCAAAAAAGUGGGACAAAUCGAGGGACCCUCAGUGACUGUGGUGCUCAUAGGCUGGGUUAUCAUGAGUCUGACGGCCGGGGCUAUGUCCAUGUCCAUGGAUACAGAUCCCGAUCAGACCGCCCUGCUCCUAGCCCGCCCAGAGCGGUUGCGCAAUAAACUUUUGUCGAAGAGUUUAGAUCUACUCGAGAGAGAGCUCAAGAUAAUCAUGUCUUGUACCGAGUAUAGCGACGACGUCAAGCGUUUGCUAUUGCAGGAUGAAUUCUACGCAGACACGCUGCUGACUUACUGCACACACCCCGGUGUCAACGUGGAGAUACGGAACUAUGCCGCCCACAUCUUAGAGGUUGCUUGUCGAUUACCAGAAAUGCAUCAGACUGUGGUACUGGAGCGCGGGUUUCACCUAAAGAUCAUUGAAGCACUGACUGAGAAGGACCCCAGUUUAUAUGUCAAGAAGCAACUGGCCACUGCCUUGUGCAACUUUGCGAUACACUCUCAGCCGAAUGAUGAGGGUAUCAACGACAUAGCGCUUGCCUUGGGUCAGGCUGGUGUCGUGAAGCUGCUCGACCUAUACCACGACAACACAUACCUCAGGCGGCGUAGUCAGGAGACUGCAAUGGAGCGCGUUUCCGCCACGUGUGUGGCAUAUGCUGAAACGAAGACAGAGGAUGUCAGAUUAGCCGGCCUUACCGAAGCUGAGUGGGCGCAGAUGCACAAGUACGCGGCGCUGGACGCCAAAGCGCGACAGUCGUUUAUGUAUGAGUUUAAGUCGUCUCUGGUGGAGAGUGGCGUGUUGAUGUAUUUCCAUACUGCUGCCGGAGGACUGGUGUGGGGUGUGGCUGAAAGCAUACGCGCAAAGAAGCCUUGGAAAGAGGUUGCCAAAUAUGGACUGCGCACAUCGCUGGUGACGUGCCUGGUCCCAAUCUACUUUGUUGGAGCGAGUGUGACCAUCUAUAACUACGCACGCAAACAGUGCGAGGAUUCGUUUGACAUCAUGGUACUGAACAGUUCCGCAAUGAUGACACUUAUCCCGUGGUACUUCAUUCUGCCCAAAGUCGAACGUUUCUCGCCCUUCUGGAUUGGAGGCCAUGUGGUGGGCUUUGUCUCCUUCUUCUGCUACCUGCUGUAUACCAAUGCCGAUAAUCUACAGAACGACAACAAUCUCAAGUAUAGAGACGACCAAUAUAGGAGGUGGAAGGCCCGCCAGGGCAUGUCAUUCCAGGUUCCAGCCCAACCCAAAGCCGACAAUUAAAAGCCAUAAUGCCGUUC